AUGGAGAAGAUCUUUGAAAUACUCCAUUGUGAGGAUGCUAAGAAGGUGGAAUAUGCAACCUUUUUGCUUAGGGAAGAGGCUGGAUCUUGGUGGCGAGGUGCGAAACAGCUAAUGGAGAGUAAUAAUGAAGCAUUGAACUGGGAUGCUUUCAAACCAAAUUUUUUUGACAAGUAUUUCCCAUCAAGUGCUAGAUCGGAGAAAGAGGCCCAAUUCCUUAAGCUUUACCAAGGCAACAUGACUAUAGUUGAGUAUGCUGACAAAUUUGACUCCCUAGUCAAACAUUUCCGCUAUUUCCGUGACAAUGUGGAUGAGAAUUAUAAGUGUCAGAGAUUCGAACAGGGACUCAGAUAUGAAAUUAAGGAGUCCGUGGAGCCCUUGGAGAUUCGUCCGUUCCAAGCUCUAGUGGAGAAAUUCACCAUACCGUCUGUUGAACCUGUAAUCUUGAAUGAAGCUUGUUUACAAUGUCCUUUGAAUAUCUUGGGCGUGAAAUUUAAAGUCGACUUGAUUUGCAUUCCUCUCAAACAUCUGGGAGUGAUCCUUGGGAUGGAUUGGUUAUCUAGUCAUCAUGUUCUUUUGGAUUGCGCUCGAAAUUCUAUAAUCUUUCUAGACCCUAAUGUUUCCCGAUUCCUCAAUAUCAACCGAUUGAAAAUUUCUUUAAAGGGAGGAAUCCAGAAGUAUGUAUUCUUAAAUUCUAUCAGCAUGAGACCAGAAGUAGAAAUUUCUGAGAUCCCGGUGGUAGGAGAUUUCCCGGAAGUUUUCCCAUCAGACGUGCCAGGGUUACCUCUAGUACGUGACAUUGAAUUUUCUAUUGAUGUGGUUCCAGGAACUGGACCUAUUCAUAUUACCCCAGACAGAAUGGCUCCAUCUGAGAUGUUAGAGCUGAAAAAUCAAUUAGAGGACCUAUUGUCAAAGAAGUUUAUUCGACCAAGUGUCUCACCAUGGGGAGCUCCUGUACUAUUGGUGAAGAAGAAGGAUGGAAAGUCGAGAUUGUGUGUUGACUAUCGACAACUUAAUAAAGUUACAAUAAAAAAUAGAUAUCGAUUUCCAUGA